AUCACAGCCCAUUAAUCUGGGGAGCUGCUGAGAGCGUGGGGCAUGGACCUCCAUGGCCAGCCUGUCGCCAGCUAGGGCUGGCGUUUAAAGAGGCAGCGUCUGCCUAGUGAAGCCCCCUGCCCUGCUCCUCAGCCCCUCUACCUUGAGCCCCUGCGAGAGAUUGUCUCCCCCCGCCCCCAAACCAUACCUGGUGCUCCUCUCGCAGGGCAGGGCUGAUGGGUGGGUGCUGAGGUAGCUGGGAGUGGGGGUGAUGAGAUGGCAGGGCUGUGGGUGGAGGCGUGACAGGUGUUUGCCAGGAGUCAGUGAGGGUGGGGAGGAGCCCAGUGCAGCGAGAAGCCAGGGGCACUGUGGGAAGUGGCCGGUGGAUCAGCAAUGUCCCAACCCGCUCCCCUGGUUUAAUCUCUGUCUGCCCUAGUGUGCCUGGGCUGCGCGGAACCAUGGCCCCGUACCGCAUCCGGCAGUACGAGGACGGUGACUACGAGGCCGUGCGCACCAUGUUCGGACGUGGGAUUAUGGAGCACGCUCCUGCUGCGUUCAUCUACAUGCUGAAGCAUCCCCAGACCCAGCUGCACUUCCUGGGCCUGCUCCUGGUGGUGCUCGCGGCCUCCGGGUCCCUCCUGGUCUCCCUUCUGGCUCUCCUGCUCGCUCUCACUGGGGCCUGGUUUUGCAUCUGGUCUCUCUGGACCGAUUACAUCCAGCAGUUUCUUCACAACAACCUACUGGACAUCCGGAGAACCUACCUGGAGGCAGCAGACUCUUGUCUCUGGGUGGCAGAGGCUGAGGGGGCGGUGGUGGCUGUCCUGCCGGAGUUCCCCUCGGAAAGGGGGCACACCCUGUAACUAAAGCGUAUGUCCGUGGAGAGGUAUUAGGGGGCUUAUUCCUUCACCCUCUCACUUUCCUGGUCCUGCUUGCAUGAACAGAGAGCAACAAUACCCGAAGUCCGAAGAUGCAAACAAUUCAAUGUUUAUAGGGAUGAACU